UCUCUCCGCUUGCUUGUCGGGAGAUGAAGUCUUUUCGACUUUUGUGCAACGACUGGUGUUUGGAGAAAUUUGGCGCCCUGGAACUACAUUACCAAAGCGACGGCGCUUCUCACCUGCACAUUAAACACAACAUGGCACCUGCUGGCCGGGGUGUUGUUGUGGUUGCGCUCUCAUUGCUGUGCUUAUGCCGAGCCAUAUUUUCAACGGAAUACUUUUCUACACUGACGUUCUUCAACAGUGAACUGCACAAGCAUGGCUGCAGCUCUCCAUCCGAAUGGGAAGAAUACGCAGCAGAUUGUGAGGCCUCCAUUCUCCAGUUGGAGGAUCCCGAAUGUGAGGAAGGGGGCAAUCCACCCUGCGAGUCAGUAUUCUCUCUCAACGCAGAGAAGAUCUUGAGCCAGGCAAAGGUGUUCAUUGAGCAAAAGCGGUUUCCCUUUCCUGUUGAAAACCACAACACAAAUGAAGAGCUAGCAAUAGGAUACGUACUAAUUGGAAAUGCCCUAUACGAUGAAGCCAUCAAACACUUUUCAUUAUUGUUGCAGGGAGAUCCUGAGUUGGUCAGUGCUAUCUAUGGAAGAGGUAUAGCGUACGGCAAGAAGAGUUUGCAGGACAUAAAGAAUGCAGACCUUGCGCUUUAUGAGCUGAGCAGAGUGAUCGCUCUGGAGCCCAACCGCCCCGAGGUGUACGAACAGCGGGCAGAGAUCCUCUCUCCUCUGGGGCGGAUCAGCGAGGCUCUGAGUGACCUCUCCAAAGCCAUUCAGCUGCAACCCUCAGCCCGCCUGCACAGACACAGAGGAACCCUGCUGUUCAUAUCGGAGGACUAUGUAGCUGCUAUGGAAGACUUUCAGCAGUCUUUGGAGCUGAAGAAGAACCAGCCCAUCGCCAUGCUUUAUAAGGGCUUGACAUACUUCCAUAGAGGAAUGCUCAAGGAAGCCAUCGAUACUUUCAAAGAAGCUCUGAAAUUGAAAUCAGACUUCAUAGAUGCAUACAAAAGUCUUGGACAGGCAUAUAGAGAGCUGGGGGACUUUGAAGCUGCCAUGGAGAGCUUCCAGAAGGCUCUGCUGCUGAACCAGAAUCACAUUCAGUCCCUGCAGCUCAGGGGCAUGAUGCUGUACCACCAUGGCAGUCUGCAGGAGGCCAUACGCAACUUCAAGAGAUGCCUGCAGUUGGAGCCGUACAAUGAGGUGUGUCAGUACAUGAAAGGCCUCAGUCACGUGGCCAUGGGACAGUUCUACGAAGGCAUCAAAGCACAGACGAAAGUCAUGCUGAACGACCCACUGCUGGGCCAGAAAGCCAGCUCGGAAUAUCUCAAAGUCAAAUACCUCAGAGAAUACUCUCGUUACUUGCACUCUCAUCUGGACAUUGCUGUGGCAGAAUAUAAUGUUGAUCAAGAUCUUCCAGGAAACUUUAAAAACCACUGGGCAAAAAACCUUCCUUUCCUUAUAGAGGACUAUGAGGAGCAGCCAGGCUUACAGCCGCACAUAAAGGAUGUUCUACCUCAGAACUUUGAAAGCUAUAACGCAGACAUUCAGAAGCUGGUAUGCACUGCGGAUCACCUUGGUGCCCUUAUGCAGUACAACACUUCAGGAUUUCUCCCCAACCGCAGAAUACACAGAGCCAUGGGCCUGGCCACAGUAGAAGUCAUGCAGGCCAUGCAGCGGACCUGGAGCAACUCGAAGGUACGAGUCAAUGGCAAGACCAGGCAGAUGCAGUGGAGGGACAUGUUUGACAUAGCAGUCAAAUGGAGGAGGAUUGCAGAUCCAGAUCAGCCAGUUCUCUGGCUGGACCAGAUGCCUGCAAGGAGCCUUAGCCGAGGAUUCAACAACCACAUUAAUCUAAUCAGAGGACAGAUAAUCAACAUAAGAUAUUUGGCCUACUUCAGCAACAUAUUAGACUUCAUCAAAGACCGGAUACGAGGUUACCAUAGGGCGUAUAAUCCCAGAGGACUGUUGGAAGUAAGUCAAGCACUGGAUAGUGUCAAUAAGGUGGAGGACCUUCUCCCCAUAAUGAAGCAGUUUAACAGUAAAACAAGGGAUGGCUUCACAGUAAACUCCAAGGUACCAAGUUUAAAGGAUUUGAAGAAAGAGCAUGACGGUUUCACCAUCACCAUCACAGGAGACAGGGUUGGGAAUAUGCUGUUCUCUGUGGAGACACAGACCACUGAAGAGAGAACCCAGCAGUACCAGUCGGAGAUCGAGUCCCUGUACAAGGAGCUCACUGCCAAGGGCAAGGCACUCAUGCUGUCCACUGAACUUGGGGAUGCAGAUGCGGUAUGCAAUUUAAUCCUGUCCCUGGUUUACUACUUCUGUAACCUAAUGCCUCUGUCCCGGGGAUCCAGUGUUGUGGCAUACUCUGUUGUCAUGGGAGCUUUGAUGGCAAGUGGAAAGGAAGUCAUUGGUAGAAUUCCACCAGGAAAGCUGGUAGAUUUUGAAGCUAUGACAACACCUAGCCCGGAAGACUUCAGUAAAACAGCCAAAAGCUGGAUGAAGUUAAAGAGCCUUCCAGUGUGGUAUCAGAGUCUUCCGUCAGUAGCAGAGUCAUUUCCCACAACAAGAACAAUGAUUGAAGUCCUAAACACGGACUCUACGUCACAUUGUCCGAAGAAGUCCUAAGGCAACUUCCCCCGAUGUGGACAAAGGCCUCUCUCCAUCUGCCUUCUCUGCUUAUAGUCUUACAAUACCUUUAUUGAACCUGUCCUUCUCCCAAAAGCACAACACACUGAAACGUUUACGUUCAGUUUCAGGUUUAACCCUACCGCUCUUGUGGUUAUGAUUCAGUGUGGAAAAUGCUGUAGAACAAUUAAAGAUGCACACUGAGUGUGGUGUUCUUUAAAAUAUAACAUUUUAAGUUUCCGUUAAAGGUUCAAAACAACACAACAGUUUUUUUAAAUUGGUAUAUCCCAGUGGUAGACUUAAAUAUGUUACAGAGUGUUUGACUCUCUGUGGACCUCCUUUUGAGAAACAGUUCUCCCAGAGAAUUGCAAACUUGAAGCGGAAAACUGGAAACAAGCUACAACUAUUACUUUUUACUGUUUAAUUUGUAUACUAGAGAAUCUAUUUAAAAAAAUAUGUGAGGCACUGAAAAAUAUUUAAGGAACAUUCUGUAUACUAUGAGCAGAGAGAGCAAUGUAAGAGUUUAAACCGUGUAGUUCUUUAGAGCUACCUAAUUCCUAAAGGAAUACUUGAAAAACAUAAGUCAAGCAAUCUCUUCUUUUUCUUUUUUUGACUGUUGGAGAGUGACUGGGUCAUUGCCAUAUUGUUAUCUUCAUAAUGUGGUAAUUCAUGGUAGUUGUUUUACUGACUUGACCAAUGAGUUUGGUGGAUGGGGUGACUGCUGCUCAGAAGAAGUGCCAUGAAGUACAAUCAUUCCUGUGUUCUCACUCUUAGCACAACUCUUAACCUUUUAUUUUCAUGAGUUUUAAUGCUUUGAUUAAUGCCACGCACAUUAGGAAAACAAAUAGUUCAGGGAGAAAUUUGUGGGGGUUUGUGCAAUUGAACUGUGGCAGAAUGAUAGUGGCUGCAUUGAGGAGGACAUUAACCUGUGUAGGUCCCCUUUUUCCCCUCUUCCUUUCUCUUUCUCUAUCCCUCUAUCCAUCCAUAUCCCUGUCUACCUACCUGCAUGUCUAUGUGCAGGUUGUGGUACCAAGGUAUUUCAGUUCUAAUGACCACUGUUCUCAUUUGUGUAUUCCCCCCAGUUACCCUUUACUGUGAACGAAAGAACAAAUAAGCAUUGGUUCCUUUUGCAUUGGGUCGUUCAGGAUCAAAUGGACAGCCAUCAGUGAUUUCUUUUAAAGAAUUGGAAGUAAAAUACUACUGUUUUAUCGUUUCAGUUUUACAAAUCCACAUCAGUGAUGGCACUGUAUGGCUGUUUUUAUUUCCCCCUUUCUUUAUGUUUUGCACUGGGCGAGUUCUGAUUAAACGUGGGAAUUCAUUGGUUUCAUUGGUGAAUGGAGCAGAUGAGGAUGUUUGUUGUUUUUCCAUUUGGUUUGUGAAACUUGGAGAUUAAAAACUUUUAUGGGAUUAAGAUUUUUUUGAAUGGCCAAUAAAAUGGUUGGACAAUU